AUGCCUUUUCAGUUUGAGAGUGUUUUAGUAACAGGAAGUAGCCGUGGGAUCGGUUUCGAAAUGGUUCGCCAACUAGCUAAUUUAUCAUGCCCACCCAAGUAUAUUUUUGCUUCUUGUAGAUCUCCUGAUGGCGAAGCAGCAAAGGAGCUACGGGACUUUGCAUCAGAACAUAGCAACGUCAUAAUUAUUCAAUUAGAUGCCUUAUCGAAUGAUUCGAUUCAAAAAUCGGCUGUUUUGGUUAAAGAGAAAUUGGACAAUGAUGGACUCGAUCUUAUAGUCAAUAAUGCAGGAAUUUUGACAAGAUCCCCUAACUUUCUAGAUGUAACAGAGGAGGAUAUGAUGCGUGUGUAUAAAACUAACGUGGUAGGACCCUUCCAAGUCAUACAGGCUUAUCAUUCGCUUUUAGCUAAGGCAGGUCAGAAAAAAGAUUUUGCUGCUAUUCUAAACAUUUCCGGUACCCUAGGAUCAUGCGAAAAAUCAAAUUUUGGUGGUUUAUAUCCUUAUGCCAUAUCGAAGGCAGGCAUGAAUAGAAUGACGAAAGGCUUAAGCUGUGAGCUAAUUCGUGAUAAUAUCAUGAUCAUGUGCAUUUGUCCAGGUUGGGUAAGGACUGCAUUAGGAGGUUUGGAUAAAGCCAGGCUAUCACCACAAGAAUCUGUUGAAAAUAUCGUCAAAAUUAUUGAAUCUAUGGAUAAAGAUAAAAAUGGAAUCUAUUGCAACAAUACAGGUCAAAUCAUCCCAUGGUAA